AUGGGGCGGACGCCGUGCUGCGACAGGGCGGCCGUGAAGCGGGGCCCGUGGUCGACGGAGGAGGACGAGGCGCUGCGGAGCUACGUCCAGCGCCACGGCAGCGGCGGCAACUGGAUCGCCAUGCCCAAGAAAGCCGGGCUCAAGAGGUGCGGCAAGAGCUGCAGGCUGCGCUGGCUCAACUACCUCCGCCCGGACAUCCGCCACGGCGGCUUCACCGCCGAGGAGGACGCCGUCAUCAUGUCCCUCUACACCCAGCUCGGGAGCAAGUGGUCGCUGAUAGCCUCGCAGAUGGAGGGGAGGACGGACAACGACGUCAAGAACCACUGGAACACCAAGCUCAAGAAGCGCCUCCUCGCCGCCGCGGCCGCCUCCGCCCCGUCCCCGCCACCCCACGCCCGGCUGCCGGCGCCUGCAGCUUCCACCGCGCACGCGUCGUCGCUGUUCCCGUCGCUCGCCAUACCGACGGUGAAGACCGAGGAGUACACCUGCGACGACUUCCUGGCGCCGGCGCUCGGGGACCCGUUCGCCGCCGCGGACGUCGCCGCUGACGGUUCCACCUCGGCCGCCUCCGCGGCGUCGUCGGCCUCCAACUGGUCGACGGCGGACAACGGCGCCGGCGAAGCGUCCCUCUUCCUGCUGGACUUCUGCGCGGGCCCCGACCUCGGCGCCGCCGCCGCUGACCAGCUCCAGCUCCCCGGCGGCUACUACUACCCUCUCGAUCCAAGCCUGUCGCCGGUAUAG